AUGAAGCCUGUUGGCUUAAAGGGUGUCCGGGUUUGUGUGCCUAAGAGCCCUGUACGCCUAGAAGCUCAGCCAUGUUCGUUAGGCCAGAGUAGAAGGAAAGGCAGGUUUAAGGAUGAAGGGCCAUUUUCUCUUACAAUCGGCAACGGAGACUACUUUUGGACAAAUAAAGACAUAUUGUGGAAUUAUGUGCAGACUCUUUCUGAUCAGGGAGCAGAGAAACAUGAAGGGACGAGUCAGUCCUCUGGGAUCACCGAUCAAGAGAAGGAGUUGUCCACCAGUGCUUUCCAGGCUUUCACAGCUGGAAAUUAUGAUGCCUGUCUGCAACACCUUGCCUGCCUACAAGAAGUGAACAAAGAUGAUUAUAAAAUAAUUUUGAAUACAGCAGUGGCUGAGUUUUUUAAAAGUAACCAAAUGACAACAGACAGUUUGAGACAAACACUUAACCAACUGAAGAAUCAGGUCCACUCAGCUGUCGAAGAAAUGGAUGGCUUAGACGACGUGGAGAACAGCAUGUUGUAUUACAAUCAGGCAGUCUUUCUGUAUCAUCUGCGGCAGUACUCAGAGGCCAUAGCAGUUGGUGAAAAGCUCUACCAGUUCAUAGAACCUUUUGAAGAAAAAUUUGCCCAAGCAGUGUGUUUUUUGCUUGUAGACCUAUAUAUAUUAACCUAUCAAGCUGAGAAAGCUUUGCAUCUUCUUGCUGUCCUAGAAAAAAUGAUUUCACAGGGUAACAAUAACAAAAAUGGGAAGAAUGAGACUGGUAACAACACCAACAAAGACGGAUCUAAUCACAAAGCUGAAAGUGGAGCCCUAAUAGAAGCUGCAAAAUCAAAGAUACAUCAGUAUAAAGUACGAGCUUAUAUCCAAAUGAAGUCCCUGAAAGCGUGCAAAAGGGAAAUCAAGUCGGUCAUGAACACAGCUGGAAAUUCUGCCCCCUCUCUGUUUCUUAAAAGCAAUUUUGAGUACUUAAGAGGCAAUUAUCGAAAAGCUGUGAAGCUGUUAAAUAGUUCAAACAUUGCUGAGCAUCCAGGAUUCAUGAAAACAGGUGAAUGCUUGAGAUGCAUGUUCUGGAAUAAUCUUGGUUGUAUCCAUUUUGCCAUGAGCAAGCACAAUUUGGGAAUUUUCUACUUUAAAAAGGCCCUCCAGGAGAACGACAAUGUUUGUGCACAGCUCAGUGCAGGCAGCACUGAUCCAGGUGAGCUCAUUGCUGGAAGACAGUUCGUAUUUGACCGCCUGAGGAGGUCAAGCGACGGACAGUCUUCAGCCAUUCCUGUAGCCAGCAUGGAGUUUGCAGCCAUCUGUCUCCGAAACGCCUUGCUGCUCUUACCGGAAGAACAGCAAGAUCCGAAGCAGGAAAAUGGGUCUAAAAAUAGUAACCAAUUAGGUGGGAACACGGAGAGCGGCGAAAGCGGCGAAACUUGCAGCAGUAAAAGCCAUGAUGGAGAUAAGUUCAUUCCAGCUCCACCUUCCUCUCCAUUGAGAAAACAGGAAUUAGAAAACUUAAAAUGCUCCAUACUUGCCUGCAGUGCUUACGUGGCUCUGGCUUUAGGUGAUAACCUUAUGGCUUUGAAUCACGCAGAUAAACUUCUUCAGCAGCCCAAGCUGUCAGGAUCCCUUAAGUUUUUGGGCCAUUUAUAUGCUGCAGAAGCCCUCAUCUCUCUGGACAGGAUAUCUGAUGCCAUUACUCACUUGAACCCCGAGAAUGUCACUGAUGUUUCCUUGGGCAUCUCUUCAAAUGAACAGGACCAAGGAUCGGACAAAGGUGAAAAUGAAGCAAUGGAAUCCUCUGGGAAGCGGGCUCCCCAGUGCUACCCCAGUUCCGUCACCUCUGCCAGGACCGUGAUGCUGUUCAAUCUCGGCAGCGCCUACUGUCUGCGGAGCGAAUACGACAAGGCUCGAAAGUGUCUGCACCAGGCGGCUUCGAUGAUCCACCCUAAGGAGGUGCCCCCUGAAGCCAUCUUACUGGCAGUCUACCUGGAGCUGCAAAAUGGUAACACCCAGCUGGCCUUACAGAUCAUCAAAAGGAAUCAGCUGCUUCCUGCGGUGAAAACACUGUCUGAGAUGAGAAAGAAGCCAGUGUUCCAGCCUGUCCACCCGGUCCAGCCCAUCCAAAUGCCGGCUUUCACUGCACACAGAAAGUGA